CGGGAAUCUUUGGAAAAUCAUCAUUUCAAAGCACUUUUCUCCAGAGAAAUCCAAAAUUAGUUCUGAAAUUAGCGCACGAAAAAAUGCCCUUGUUUAUGCCUGACGAAGAGCUGGCGCGGCUAGCUAGCGACGGCGCGUCGGUGGUUCCGGAGAGAGCCGACGAGUACAAACGGAAGAUGUACGCCGAGUUGGAUAGUGUUCGUGCUAAGGCUGACGCUGCUUCCAUCACGGCGGAGCAGACGUGUUCGCUUCUCGAGCAGAGAUACCUCUCGCUCAAUGACGAAUUUUCUUCGCUUGAAUCUCAGAACGCACAACUACAGUCCGAUUUCGAUAAUCGACUCUCUAUACUCGCUGAGUCUCAGGCGGAGACGCACCAGCUUCAAUUGCGAUUGAUCGAGAGUGCCGGAGAGGCAGAGAGGCUGAGGACGGAUGUAUCGGAGCUGCGGAAGUCCAAGGUGCAGUUGACGGAGCUGUUGCAGCAGAAAGACAACGAGAUUUCCGAGAUUAAAUCGACUAUCAAAACCUAUUCUGAGAAGAUUGUUAAGCUGACGGACACUUGUUCGGAAAAGGGGGCCCUAAUAGCUGAAGCCAGAGCAGAAUUGGCACGUUCUCAAGCUAUGUGCCGUCGUUUUUCUCAGGAGAAAGAACUCUCGGAAAGGCAUGCCAAAUGGCUAGAUGAGGAGUUGACAGCCAAAGUCGACAGUUACGCUGAACUCCGUAGAAGGCACGCUGAUCUCGAAGCUGAAAUGUCAGCAAAUCUUGUUGAUGUGGAGACAAAAUUUAAUGAGUGCUCUAGUUCCUUGAUUUGGCACAAAGAAAGCCUGAGAGAGCUCGAAACAAAAGCCUCCUUGUUACAGGAGGACCUCAGCUCGUGCAAAGUUGCAGCAACGACCAGUCAAGAGCAAUACAAUGCUGAACUCUUCACCGCGAACAAGCUUGUUGAGCUGCACAAGGAAAGGUCGGAGGAAUGGUCUAUGAAAGCUGCCGAACUUGGUGGUGUUAUUAAGGCCUUAGAGGCACGCUUGAGCCAAGUCGAGAAUGGUUACCAACAUAGACUUGACAAAGAAUAUUCUACGAAACAGCUGUUACAGAAGGAGAACGAAGACCUUAAACAGAAACUUGAGAAGUGUGAAGCAGAAAUCAAGAAAACUAGGAAAACAGACGAGCUAAAUCUGAUACCUCUCAGCAGUUUCACAAGACGGGUUGACGAUUCUGGGACCAACAACAUGAUAGAGGAAGACCAAGCAGUAAUUCCUAAGGUUCCUGCUGGUGUGUCUGCAACUGCACUUGCAGCUUCACUCUUACGUGAUGGAUGGAGCCUGGCCAAAGUUUAUGAGAAGUAUCAAGAGGCUGUUGAUGCCUUGAGGCAUGAGCAAUUAGGUCGACAGGAAGCUGAGUCGAUACUACAACGGGUUUUGUCCGAAAUUGAACAGAAAGUGGGAGUCGUCGAAGAGGAAAGAGGUGAAUAUGCUCGGAUGGUUGAAAGUUAUUCUCAACUCGAUAAAAGACUGCAGGAUUCUGUAUAUGAACGAUCAAAUUUGGAGAAGUACAUCAUGGAGCUAAAGGCUGACUUGAAGAGGCAGGAACGUGAAAACAAUUUAUCUCAGAAAGAUAUAUCUGACCUACAGAAGCAGGUUACGAUACUACUGAAGGAGUGUCGUGACGUCCAACUUCGUUGUGGAGCUGCCAGGGAUGAUGAAGAAGAUGACCCUCAUCAUCUUGAUGCAGAGAUGGAUAUGGAAUCUGAAGCUGAUCAAAUCAUCCCGGAGCAUCUUUUAAAGUUCAAAGACAUAAAUGGACUAGUUGAGCAGAAUGCUAAGCUCAGGAAUCUUGUUCGUAGCCUCUCAGAGCAGAUUGAAAGUAGCGAAAUGGAGCUGACGGAACAGUUUGAGAAAAAAACUGAGGAAGCUUCUUCCAAGGUAGCUAUUAUUCUAAAAAGAGCUGAAGAGCAGGACAAAAUGAUUGAAUCACUGCAUACAUUCGUUGCAAUGUAUGAACAAUUAUAUGAAGGGGAGCAGAAACUUCAUUCAUCUCAUUCUCGUUCUUCAGAUUUGCCUCCAGAUGUAGUGCCAGGAAGGAAGAAAUUUUUACAUCAGAUUGAGGAUUCACAGGAAGCAACUAAAAGAGCGCAAGAGAAAGCUUUUGAACGAGUCCAAUGUCUCGAAGAAGAUUUAGAGAAGGCUAGGAGUGAGACAAUUGCUAUAAGGUCUGAACGGGAUAAAUUGGACAUGGAGGCAAAUUUUGCUAGGGAAAAACUAGAGGGCAUCAUGAAAGAAUCUGAACGCAAGAGAGAAGAGAUAGACAGAGUUUUGGCAAGAAACAUAGAGUUCUCACAACUCAACGUCGACCACCAACGGAAGCUACGUGAGAGUUCCGAGUCUCUUCACUCUGCGGAAGAGAUUUCUAGAAAAUUAUCUAUGGAGGUCUCGGUUCUAAAACAAGAAAAAGAGGUGUUAUCAAAUGCUGAAAAAAGAGCUUCUGAUGAAGUUUCUGCUCUAUCUCAGAGAGUUUAUCGUCUUCAGGCUACCUUGGACUCUGUACAGAGUACAGAGAAAGCUCGUGAGGAAGAAAGAGCUGCACAGAGAAGGAAAGAAGAGUUGCAUGUCGAGCAACUUGAGAAAAGUAAAUGCGGGGAAUACUACUUUGGGAUUUUACAGAGAGAAUGUGCUGAAGCUAAAAAAGAAUUGCAAGAAGAAAGGAGCAAUGUGCGGAAUAUUACUUCGGACCGCAAUCAAACUUUUAAAAUUGCUGCAACGCAGGUAAAAGAUAUGGGUAGUGAUUUGGCUAAUGCCUUGAAGGCUGUCUCGGCAGCAGAGUCCAGGGCUUCUGUGGCUGAGGCUACAGUUUCUGUUUUGGAGAAGAAUAUAAGAUUUUCAGGAUCCUAAGGCUCUUGAUAUGAACAAUGCUGGAGUUGUCUCUCUUUCGGAAAACGAGAUGUCCGAAGAACUGCGGACUGCAAAGGAAGAAA